CCUUUCCUGAAGAUUAAACCAACGAGGCAAGGUGAAGAUAUUACGAAGAAAAAAGGUCGAAAAACACAGCUUAAUUCAACUUGUUCGAGGUACUUCAACCCUUGUUUGUUUUAUUCUAACAUCUACAUCUUACAGAGAUAAAAUGAACAAAAAAAUCUACGUAUAAAGCUCCACUGAGAUAUGCAUGUACGACUAGGCCAUGGGCCAAGUCGUUUCUACUCAACUACUUCAACUGGAAGAAUACACUAUUGUGAGCUUGAUUUUGAAAAUAGAAGUGUUAAACCUAGAACAGACUUUACUCACGGAAUACGCAUGCCUAAAAACACAGUUUUCUUAGGUCUUUACUUUAGAAGUUUGCCUAAUGUUGCAAGGUGAAAUCCGAGGUGUAGUCUACUAGACUGUAGUAAAUGCUGAUUAAAGCAAGUGCACAUUUCAAAUCAACAGGGAACACCUAAUGACUUUCAAUCUAUCUAAGUUUGACCAAUCUUCAGUGAUCAAAUAUAGGGUUAAAAAACUAAGUGAAUCAAGUUCCUCGAUAGUUUUUUUCGUGUAUAAUGUCUCUAGUUGGAACCGACUAGAUUUACUAACGGAGUUUUUAAUUAAUUACUAAACUUCAUGACUCGGCGUUCGGCGGCGGUUCCAGGUCUAACUAUUGUCGUUGUAUGGAACUGAUGUUCGCUUUGUACUGAGGGCUAAGGUGUACAAACCAUAAGAAAAAAUUUGAACGAAAGAUCGGUAACCAUGAUUUCAUAUCCUCAGUGAAUUAUGCAAAGAAACUAUAGGUCAACUAUAUAUACUACAGAGUAACAGGAGGUAACUUAUAUUCUUUCAGAUGAAACUCUCUUAGCUCAGAAUAAAAAAUGUAGAUGUAAGGCAACACUAUGAUCACUGGGUAUACUGAAUAACUGAAAUACAAUUUAAAGCAAAGCUCCGAUUGACAAGGAAAAGCUUUGAAGGAAGCAUCUGAGUCAGGUUUAUCGGGUAAUAUUCGGGCAUGUAUAGAGAUAUAACUUUUAUUUCUGAAAAGUUAACAGUGAAUUUUAUUGCUAUUUUGAACAGAAGACAACAGUUGCUUGGAAUAUUCCCGCACAAAAUCAUGGACAAGCAAGGAUCUCAGUCCGGUGGAGAACCGAAGAACCCGAUGACUAAAGAGGAUGCGUCUCGUAUUCAAAGCGCUGAGGCGAAACAACAUGGUGGUGGAGUGCCAAAAGGAAGCUUUGCUUCUCGUGCUCAAUCUACUGCAGACAAGCGUGCUGGGAAUAUCCACGAGACAGACAAACUCGGAUCUCAGUCCGGUGGAGAACCGAAGAACCCGAUGACUCAAGAAGCAGCGUCCCGUAUUCAAAGCGCUGAGGCGAAACAACAUGGUGGUGGAGUGCCAGAAGGAAGCUUUGCUUCUAGUGCUCAAUCUACCACAGACAAGCGUGCAAACCAGAGCAAUUAGAACUUUUAAACGAGAAAAUACA